AUGUGAAUUUGGGCAGUAGAGUAUACUUAUGGUUUACUUGUAAUUUAGGAUUAAUUAUGCUUUAUAUGAGGAGCUUGAUGCUGGGGAUAUGGAGCGGACGAGAGAUGUGUACAGGGAGUGCCUUAAGCUUAUUCCACACGAGAAGUUUUCUUUUGCAAAGAUCUGGCUUCUUGCUGCACAGUUUGGAAUAAGACAGCUCAAUCUCAAGGGUGCGCGACAAAUUUUGGGAAAUGCUAUUGGAAAGGCACCUAAAGAUAAGAUCUUUAAGAAGUAUAUUAAAAUUGAGCUGCAACUUGGUAAUAUUGACCAUUGCCGAAAACUGUAUGAGAAGUAUCUAGAGUGGGCACCUGAGAACUGCUAUGCAUGGAGCAAAUAUACUGAAUUAGAAAGAUCUUUAGCUAAAACAGAGUGGGCAAAAGCUAUUUUUGAGCUUGCCAUCUUAGACAUUUGUUUUCUUAUUGAUGAAAAUUGA